AUGGAUCCAGCUGUGAUGAUCGUCUUACUUCUCUACAGAAUAGAUUCUGCUCAAGCACUGAGAAAUUCAGAGCCAUUGGUCAUCUCAGCUGAGGCUGGUAAAGCGGUCAAUCUCACCUGCACAUUUGGAGACAACUCUAUUAAAGAGGUUAUGAUGUGGUACAAACAAAGACUGGAGCAUGCGCCACUGGAAGUGGGAUCACAGUUAGGGGGAAAGACGGCCGUGAUUUCAAAUCAACUCGACAAAACGAGAUUUAAACUGAACAGAAUAGCGAGUGGCAUUUCUCUCAGUAUUGAACGCGUCACUAAACAAGAUGAAGGAAUGUACUUCUGUGGAGAGACUGGAAAGAAAACUUCAGGACAGCUGAACUUCUCUACUGCUACAUUCUUAGCGGUCACAGGGCAGUCAGACAUAUCAGUGCUCCAAACUCCAGUACGGGGGUCAGUUUCUCCAGGAGAGUCGGUCACUCUGCAGUGCAUGGUCCUCUCUGAGAUCAGAGCAGCAGAACUCCGAGUGCUCUGGUUCAGAGCUGCUGCAGGACAAUCCUUUCCUGAAAUCAUUUACACUCAUCAGAACAGCAGCAGCCGUCAGUGUGAGAUCAGCUCUUCUACAAGCUGCUCUCUGUAUGAGUUCUCUAAGAACAUCCUCGACCAGCACCACACUGGAACUUACUACUGCGCUGUGGCGGCUUGUGGGAAGAUCAUUGUUGGGAAUGAAGCAUCAGUAGAACUGCAGGAGCCUGUUAUAAUCUUUCUGGGAGCAGCUUUGGGAGUGUGUGUGGUUUUGAUCUCUGCUCAAGCCUUUAUAAUCUGUAAAAGGAGAAACAGUGACCGCUGCAGUGGGAGAAAAGAACAAGGUUCAUCAGCAGAGAACACAACCAGUCAGACUGCUGAGAGUCUGAAUUACGCUCCCAUCCAUUUCAAAGAGAACAAAGCCAAACCUGGACGAGUGAAGAGAGAACAGCCUGAAGACAUUGUUUACUCUCAAGUGAGAAGCUCUAAUGCUAAAGCUCAUCGGUCUCAUCGCUAG